GGUGAAGAAAACAAGAACAAGGCUUAAUCUCUAAAACUAGUUUCGUGUUUUACUUAGAUCUUCUCUCUCUCUCUUCUACUGAUUUUGAGAAAAAGGAGAAAAAAACUCAUUGAAGGGAAUGCAGAAAGAUGGUCGGAGAUUCGCCGGUCAAGACUAAGCUGUGUGAUCGGUUUAACCGAUCUGUCGGCGGCAGAAACUGCCACCGGAAACACGUCGAGGACGGGUGAUUAGUUCAAAAACACCAGCGAUCGAAAGCGUAAAUCAUUUUUCUUUUCUUGUUUAAAAAUUUGUAAAAAAAAAGAACAAAAAAAAUGGUCGGAGCUAAACCGGUGAAAACGAUGGAGAAUAGAUCCGAGGGUGUUGGAAGCACAGGGCUUCUCCACGGCCGUUACGAGCUAGGUAAACUUCUAGGGCACGGAACAUUCGCGAAAGUGUACCACGCACGCAACAUAACAACCGGCAAAAGCGUAGCGAUGAAAGUGGUGGCCAAGGAGAAAGUUAUAAAAGUCGGCAUGGUGGAGCAGAUCAAGCGUGAGAUCUCAGUGAUGAGCAUGGUGAAGCAUCCAAACAUCGUCGAGCUCCACGAGGUCAUGGCCAGCAAAUCCAAGAUCUACUUCUCCAUGGAGCUAGUCCGCGGCGGCGAGCUAUUCGCCAAAAUCUCCAAAGGAAAGCUACGCGAGGACGUGGCGCGCGUCUACUUCCAACAGCUAAUCUCCGCCGUUGAUUUCUGCCAUAGCCGUGGAGUUUAUCACCGUGAUCUCAAACCGGAGAAUCUGUUGCUUGACGAGGAAGGCAACCUUAAGGUCACUGACUUUGGUCUCUCUGCUUUAACUGAGCAUUUGAAGCAAGACGGGCUUUUUCAUACCACUUGUGGAACUCCGGCGUACGUUGCGCCGGAGGUUAUUUUGAAGAAAGGAUACGACGGAGCUAAGGCGGAUCUAUGGUCUUGCGGGGUGAUCCUCUUUGUGCUUCUCGCUGGGUACUUACCGUUUCAAGAUGAUAAUCUUGUGAACAUGUAUAGGAAGAUUUAUAGAGGAGACUUCAAGUGUCCUGGAUGGUUUUCUUCUGAUGCAAGAAAGCUCGUCACGAAGCUUCUGGAUCCGAAUCCGAAUACCCGAAUCAGUAUCGAUAAGGUUAUGGACUCGGCUUGGUUCAAGAAACCCGCAACAAGAUCCUCAGCCAUUGUCGAAAAGGCUGAGGAUCUUGUUCAUAAGGCCAAGGAAGAGACGGAGACGUUAAACGCGUUUCACAUCAUAGCGUUGUCCGAAGGGUUUGAUCUCUCGCCUUUGUUUGAGGAGAAGAAGAAAGAGGAGAAGAGAGAGAUGAGAUUCGCGACUUCUCGCCCCGCGAGUAGUGUCAUCUCGAGCCUUGAGGAAGCUGCGAGAGUUGGGGAUAAGUUUGAUGUGAGGAAGAGUGAGAGUAGAGUGAGGAUGGAAGGGAAACAGAAUGGUCGGAAAGGGAAGUUGGCGGUGGAGGCGGAGAUAUUCGCGGUGGCUCCGUCGUUUGUUGUCGUGGAGGUGAAGAAAGAUCAUGGAGACACUCUUGAGUAUUAUAACUUUUGCAGUAAUGCUCUUAGACCAGCUCUCAAAGACAUUUUCUGGACUUCUACACCUGUUUAAAUCUUUUGUGUGUUUAAGUUCUUGUCUGAAAAAAAGUAUUGUUGGAUUCUAGAUUCGGUUCUUGAUUCUUAACGGGUAUCGUUUGGAUUGUGUAAAAAGACAUGAGUCUUUUCAUUAUUUGUGUGUUGUUGUUGCAAUUUGUGAAGCAGAGAGUGUUCUGUGGUUUAGAAUGUGUCUUAAAGAUUCCAUAUCAAUGAGAUAGUGUUUAUGACUGUAAAUAAGAAUGUUCAAUAGUCAAUUUAUGUAUUCUCAAUGUCUCUUUUAUUUUUCUUUCUGGAAAUGAUUGGACAUAUCAGUCACAUAAAAACAUUC